UUGAAAAUCUGCCUCUAUUUGACAACACGAAGGCGUCCAAAGUUUAGACUCUCACAGCAUCGAUGAUGCCACCAUCCAACAUGGUUUUAUACUUUUUUGGAGUACUCAUAAUUACGCUCAAACAAGCCUUGGUACUGUGUUAUUCAGAUUGCCCAAUUUUCAAUUUUGAGCAUGGUGCUGAUGAUUGGUCCAAGCAGGGUACUGCGUUUAUCCAUCAGCCAGUUUUUGGAGGAUCCUCUAACUCUGAUCACCAAGGCAACUGGUUGAUCGACACUCACAGAAAUGUCACAACGCCCUGCCAACGGCAAAGUUCCUCACUUGGAAAACAGGCAAAAGGAACGAUGACGUCACCGCUGUUUCUCAUCAGAAGCCCGUCGUUGUCUUUUUUGAUUGGUGGUGGCUGUGAUUUUCAAACAGUGCGCAUGGAGAUUGUGGUCAAUGGUAGCACUGUAAUAUCAAGGACUGGUAGUUGUCAACCUCAGCUGACAAGAACUAAGGUGAAUCUUCAACAAUUUGUUGGUAGCAUGGCAAGGGUGAAACUGGUGGAUAUGGGCACCGGCAACUGGGGUUACAUCGCUUUUGAUGACCUGAGACACGAGACAACUUGUGAAGCUCUAAGUCCUUGCAACGAGGAACAUAGACAUCUUUGCCAAACAAAAGAAAUUCACCAAAAUACAGAUUACACUUGCACCUGUAACCAGGCGUUACCGUACCUUCCAACAUGUCAAAGCAAUGAUAGCAAGAACAACUGCAACAUUACCCAUGGCACAUGUAACUUGUCUUGCAAUGACACCAAAAGCAAUUGCCAAUGUCGCCAAUGCACUUGUGUCACUGGCUACAAGUUCAAAAGCAGCAAUCAAUCAUGUCAGGACAUUGAUGAAUGUCAACUGGGCACACAUGACUGUCAACACACGUGUAUCAACACGGAAGGAGGCUACCAAUGCUCGUGUUUGAACGGUUACCAACUCAACGGAGACGGGAGAUCGUGCCGGGACAACAAGGAAUGCAGCACUAACAACGGCGGCUGCGAUCAUGUGUGUGUGAACACAAUAGGUAGCUUUUACUGCGUGUGUAACCAGGGCUGGUCUGCAAAAAAGUUUAAAUGCGUGGAUAAUGACGAGUGUCAGGGGUACAAUUUGUGCGAGCAUACAUGUGUGAACACACCGGGAAGCUAUCGCUGCGAAUGUCGUUCGGGUUACACUCGCUCUGGCACCCAGUGUCAAGAUAUCGAUGAGUGUUCAAUAAACAAGGGUGGCUGCCAGGUCUAUUGCACAAACACACCUGGAAGUUUCAAAUGUUCCUGUGAACACGGUUUUCAAAUAGCGAACGAUGGAAAGACGUGCGAGGAUAUAGACGAAUGCAACCUCGGCCGCUCAGGGUGUCAGCAAGUGUGUGUAAACACUCCUGGAAGCUAUAACUGCUCGUGUUUAGGAGGCUUUGAGCUACAAAAGGAUCAAAGGUCUUGUUUGGACAUUAAUGAGUGUCAGUUGAACGAGCACGGUUGCCAACAGCAGUGUAAUAACUCUCCAGGUGGGUAUGAUUGCUCGUGCCUUCGAGGUUACCAACUUUCUUCUGAUAAGAAAAAUUGCUCGGAUGUCAACGAAUGUUUGCAAGACAACGGGGAAUGUUCCCAGGAUUGCGUAAAUACCCCUGGGAGUUACAACUGUCUUUGUAGGAAAGGCUACCGAAGAACUUUCGACGAACAGAAUUGCAAUAAAAGCCUUAGUUGUAGCAACAACGCCUCAUGCACUGAAUGUUCCGAGACGAAUUGUGAAGAUAUAAAUGAGUGCGACAACAGUUCUAUUUGCGAGCACAAGUGCCAUAAUACAGAUGGAAGUUACCGCUGCUCUUGCCGUGAUGGUUACCGGCUCACAAGCGAUUUGAGGGUUUGUGAAGAUGUGGACGAAUGUCUGCAGAGCUCUGCUAUGGGUUGCGUCAGUUGCAAAAAUACACUUGGAGGCUUUCACUGCUCCUGUGCGACUGGGUAUUCGUUCAACAACGAAAUUAAAAAGUGUGAAGAGAGAAAGCCGUUGGGUGCAACACUCGCUGAGGGAAAGCAAAAAAUAGCGCAAGCUGAAGACGCGGCAGCUGUUAUUUCAGCAACAUCUCACAUCGCAGAUGAAGUGAAGGGCUUAAAGAAAAUGAGCAGUGAAGAACUGACAGAGACGGUUGAUGUACUGGAAAAUGUCAAAAGUAAGAUGAAGAGUCUAAACACCAGUAAACGAGAAGCCGAAAAGCUGAUGAUGAUUCUGUCGGGAUCUCUGUCGCCCUCCUGAAAGGAAUGGCAAACGUUUUAUCCAACGGUUCUAGUGAUGGAAGGUCAGGUAGCAACGACCUGAACUCAAUCAUUGUAAUUGUCAUGGUAACAAAUGUGAACCCAGAUCAUCUCGCCAAUCUAAAAGAACCGGUCGUACUACGCUUCGAACAUUUAAAGAGGGACUCCCGUGAGCAGCAAUGCAGUUUUCUGAACGAGACAGCCAUAGCCCGUUUCCCUAAAGAUCCUUCAAAGCACUGGUCUAGUGUAGGAUGCUACAGGAAUUAUUCCACCGAGGAAAUUACUAUCUGCCACUGUUACCAUCUCACCAGCUAUGGUCUUAUCAUGGACGUGCACGGAAUUUAUGAUGAACUGAGCGAGGCUCACAAAGAGACCCUGAAGUACAUCUCACUAGUCGGCUGCUGCGUCUCCAUUUUCUUUUGUCUUUUGUCAAUAUUCGGAUUCUCGCUGGCAAUGAGGAAACCACGCGAAACCAAAGCAAGGCGCGAGACUUACCGACUUCACAUCAAUCUUGUUCUGGCAAUCUGUCUAUCACAAAUGUGUUUCGUCAUCGGCACCAUUAUUAUUUCAGUUGAUGUGCUUGCCUGUCGGAUAGUUUCUAUAGCAACCCACUACUUCCUUGGUGCCUCGUUUUGCUGGAUGUUGGCCGAGGGAAUCCACAUUUACAACAAGAUUGUACGUGUCUUUAGCAACAAAAAGUACAACAAAGUAUUCUACGUCCUGGGUUGGGGGGCACCAAUUCUUCUCGUAUCAGCCUCCACAGGACUUUCCUUCCACGAAUACGGACCCCACAACAUCUGUUGGUUGUCUGGAAAACUAAUUUGGGUUUUUGCUGCUCCGGUACUGGUUGUUAUUGCGAUCAACUGUUUCAUCCUUGUCAGCGUUAUCUACGUAUUGUUGAGGAAGACUAUGGUAAAAGCUGGAGAAGAAAACUCUGCCAAGAAAUCAAAUAUAAGGCGCAGUGUCAAGGUGACAGUGGUGUUGCUCCCUCUACUUGGCCUCACUUGGGUGUUUGGUUUCAUGGCGGUUGACAGGAACACGAUCUUCUUCCAUUACAUCUUUGCGAUCGCCAACUCUUUACAGGGACUUUUCAUUUUCUUUGCGCACUGCUGGAUAAACGAAACGGUACGCGAAGCUCUCACUCAGAAAAGUCCAAGUUUUAGCUCAAGAGGGAAAUAUAAUAUAAGGAGAAAACCGAGUGACAAUCGACUCAACAGUGUGUCACUUGAAACAGCCACACCUACGACGACUUCUGUCCGACUGGUGAGGACAAACUCUCGACAAAUCAAGGAACCCCCUCCGUUAAAACUCGUGAAUCUAAAGCAGGAGUUAGCGUCGGCGCGGCAGGAGCAAAUCGAUGACAAUUCGGUGAGGCUCACGAACUUUGCGAAGUUACCGCCGAAGUACGCCGACAUGCUCGUCGACGCUCCAGCCUCGAGGCUUUUUAGCGUAAGCAAGCCUUCGAUGAAAAUCACAUCUUUGGUUAAUAACGUGUCUCCCAAUGAGUACCCGAUUACGCCGAAAGAAGCUUAUGACAACCCAACGUACGCGUAUUGGAAAGGUCGCGGUGAUUCUGAUUAAACUGCGUUUUGAUCCUAAGAAGCCAUGUAAAUAAAAUUGAAUUAAGUCUGAAUUGUUCGGUCUUAGAACAGUCGUACGUGUAGAGGAUUUAUUUAAUCAAGAAAGUUGUUUAAUAGCAGAUUACCAGAGAAUAAAAAAUGACGAUUGCUGCUGAAUAAUUUUGAUGAAUGUUUGAUUAAUAAACAAUAUCAACGUGAUCAAUUCAACUUGAGAGGCUCUCUCAGGACAGAUUUCGACAUAAACCUUUUAUUUGUUGUUUUUAUCUGUUUGCUUGUCUGUUUGGUUUUUGAAUGCGUUUAAGUAUCGCGCUAGUGCUCACGUCCAUUAAGACAGUCUGUGGCCAUGAGAAGGUCCACGUUCGGAUGUUAACAAAGCUAGUGGACCCGUUUGCGCGGUUCCAGUUGGAUGCACUUCCAUGUAUUAGAUCAGCUGAGCUCCACGUUUGAAGUCACAGUCUCUAGAAAAGUCAAAGAUCUCGUAUUUUUUGUAAAACACACUAAGAGAGUUGAAUUUCACUCGUUAAUUCUGAGAUUUAAAUUUGCGUAGAGAAACUUCCCAACAAAUCUGGCUUUUGAGAAAUUUUUCCCUGGGGCCCGUUUCUCGAAAGUCUCAGUAACUUAACGAGCCCGCAACCAUGUUUUAAAAUCAAAAUUUAAAGGAUAAGAAAGCAGGUUCUGGCACCCAAAC